AACUAAUGCAAUUUUUACCCAAUUUCAUAUCAAUUUAAACUCAUAUUCACACAAUUUCAAUUAAAUUUCAUAAAAAAUGCACUAAAUUUCACACAAACAAAUUCAAUUUCACAAAAAAUUACAAUAAUAAUAAAUUGUAUAAAAUUAAACUAAAAUACCUUGAGAGGAAGAGGAUGUCAGGUGGGGGAAGAUGGCGGUCGAGACACUGGCAGCGGCGGCGAGGAGGGAGGGAGACACUGGCUGUCGAAGGCGAGGCAAGGAGGGAGACACUGGCUGCGCGAGCCCAGGGGGAUUGGCAGCCUAACCUUAGCGUAAAGUUGCCGCAAACGUCGAUCCAUAAAAGAAGAGAGAGCGAAAAGCUCAGACUGAGAUUUUGCGGAGAGAUCAGAUCGAUCGAGAUCGCGAGAAUGGAUCCGGACGCACUGGCGAAGGCGUUUGUCGAGCACUACUACUCCACCUUCGACUCCAAUCGCGCCAAUCUGGCCGGUCUCUACCAGGAAGGCUCCAUGUUGACAUUCGAGGGCCAGAAGAUUCUCGGCUCCGCCAACAUCGUCAGCAAGCUCACCGGCCUCCCCUUCCAGCAGUGCAAGCACAACGUCACCACCGUCGACUGCCAGCCAUCUGUCACUCAAGGCGGCUUCAUCGUCUUCGUCAGUGGCAGCCUCCAACUCGCCGGCGAGCAGCACGCCCUCAAGUUCAGCCAGAUGUUUCACUUGAUGCCAACACCCAAUGGAAGUUUUUACGUGCACAAUGACAUAUUCCGCUUGAACUAUGCAUGAAGGAUCUGGAUACUAGUGUCUAUUGGGGUUUGUGUUUCAUGAUGGAAAUGUCAACAAAAACAAUUGAAGAAAAUUGGCAUGCUUCUAGGUGUCAGAUGAUACUUUGGUUUCGAAUGUGUUUUGUUUGUCUUGGUUACUACUAAUAUUUCAGUUUUGAUUCAAAUCGACUGAUGAAUUUGAUGAUCACUGUUUAGCCUGUAUCUUACUAUGGCACAGAUAAGAGAUUCAGCGGCUGGUUUUUCUAUUACUU